AUGCGAUUCCAGCGGCAGUUGGCUAGCAUGAAGACUCUAUGCGGAUUCAUAACUAUCACAGCGCAGUAUGUGCUCCUAUGUUCCGCCGCGGGACUCUUUGACGGAACACCAUUUCACCUCCUGGAUCCCAUGAUAAAUACCCCGUCUCACUCUAUCGCUGAGCUUCUGGACUUCAAUAUAACUGCCGAAGUUGAGGGCUAUAAUCAGCAGCUCGCUUUCGUCCUAGAGCCGAAUCGCGACCUCAUCACCCAAGAGACACGAAUUCGGUACCUGAAUAGCAGCCGACAAAGCGAAGACGCCAUUUCAACAACCAGACUGCCUUAUUAUGUGACCAAGGGCGAGGUAUGGACAAAGCUGCCUGGCCGAGCAUGGGGUAGAUCUGGGUGGGCGAGGUUGAUGGUGAUCCGAGACGGUUUGAAUCCAUUAAUUGAAGGCACUUUCACAAUCAUGUCCUACCAAUUCCAGGUCCGACCGCAGGAUGGCAGAGGCACUCUCGAAGUCUAUCCAUCCUCAGUGACAACAGAUUCGACGAAUUCUUCACAAACCGAAUUAGCACUGCAAAAAGCGGGCUGUGCGAUAACAGGACCGAGACUGAACAAGCGGCAAUCGUGGUUCGACGAGCAUGGUCCGACAAUAGACAAUAUUGGCGACUUGGCUGGCUGUUUCGCUACAAAGCGGAUUGCGUACGUUGGCGUCGCAAUUGACUGCUCUUAUAGGGCAGCGUUCAAGUCUGACGAUGAUGUGAAACGUAACAUCAUCAACGUCGUGAACACAGCGUCGGUCGUCUUUGAAAACAGCCUCAAUAUUGCUCUGGCCCUUCGAGAUGUGUUGAUUAGCGACUCUGAAUGUACAAAUGAUGCGUCUGGCACGCACCAGUGGGAUGUUCCAUGCCCCAUGGGUGACCUUAAUUGGAGACUACACCGGUUCUCUGCAUGGAGAGCCAACCGUCGAGAUGACAAUGCAUUUUGGACACUUAUGACGGGCUGCGCUGCCGGCGUAGGUGAGAUUGGGGUGUCUUGGGUGGGUGAGGUUUGCAAGACAGGCGACAACUAUGAGGGUAUCGGCUCUGGUAUUGGCGCUAAUGUCGUUGGCCAUUCGAAUACCGAAUGGCAAGUCUUUGCACACGAGUCAGCCCAUAUGUUUGGUGCAAUUCAUGACUGUGACUCUGACGCCUGUGCUUCUGGUCUUGAUUCGACGUGGAAGUGCUGUCCGUUGUCGUCGUCCACCUGUGAUGCCGGCGAAGAAUACCUGAUGAACCCCAUUGCUGGAAAAGGCAUGACCAGAUUCUCACCCUGUACAAUAGGAAGUAUUUGUUCCCAGAUAGGUCAAGGCGGCAUCGACACGCAGUGUUUGGUUUCUCCUGCGGAGGUAAAUCAGUCGCAAGGCGAGGUGAAUCUUCCAGAUAGCGAGUGCGGCAAUGGUGUUGUUGAAGAGGGUGAGGGGUGUGAUGACCCUGAAGACCACUGCUGCGAUAUGCAAACCUGUCAGUGGCGGGAUGAAGGAGAAUGUGCCCUGGGCCAAGAGGGCGAUGACGGCGGGGAUAACGGCAUGUCUAAUGAUUUUUCAUCAUGGGUAGGACAACACCGGGCUCUAUUUGUCGGGUUGUGCACUGGUUUAGGAGGCUCUCUUGUUCUCUUCGUGGCGUUCAUGGUUUUUGCUUCUGCUUACCGCAAGCGCCGCAGGUUGAGGCUCAAAGAGGAAGCAUUCAGAUACUGA